AUGCAGCAUCGGUUCUCGGCGCAGCUGUGUCAAGGCCUAUCGCCGGAGAUGGUGACUGUGUAUGCGAAGCGCGGCAGCCGUGUCGCUGUGGUGGUAGACGCAUGGAACGUGGAGAAAGAAUCACACUACGAAUGGGAGAUUGCGUUUCAACCACGGGAUGUCGACAUGGCGUCCGUGCGUGUUCAGCUGGAGGCUGAUGGGCAGCUGAUGAUGACGGUGCGACGACGAGGGUUUGGAGUUGGGAGUACUGCUUGCCCUGUGAUUCGUGAAGGGUUGCGUUGA